AUGAUGACAAUGUUAGACAAUAAUAAUGAUAAUGAUGUUAAUGAUGAUGAUGAAAAACCAUUAGAUUUUUCAUCAAAACAAUCAUCAUUUAAUGAUGAUGAAAUACGUAAAAUACCUCAGCAGCAGCCAGAACCAUUAUUAUCAUCAAAAUCAAAUAAAAAAGUUCAUCCAAAAUUUUCGAAACGCCAUCAUCAUCAACAACAGCAGCAACAAUCUGAACAUCAUUGCUUUACAACACCAUCACCAUCACCACCUGAACAUCGAAUUAAUCAAUUACAAUCACCAUUAUCGAAAUUAAAUUCCGGAUUAACAACAACAACAACAGCCAUCAACAACAACAACAACAAUAAUAUGUUUCAUCCAGAUAUUCAAUCAUCGAUUCCAUCAUUAGUCAAUCAACAACAGCAACAACAACAACAGGAAUCAAUUUUUGGAAAACUUUUACAACAAAUGACUACUACAAUCAAUCCAACAACAACAACAACAAAAGAUUAUUCUCAACAACAACAACAAGUUUUAAAUGAAACAAUAUUACAAUUGGCUAAAAUAAAUUGUCAACAACAACAAAAUUCACAAAUAUCAUUACCAUCAAAUGAUUCGGAAUCAAAUUCAAAAGCUUUACAGCUAUUAAAUCUAUUGACAAAAGUUAAUGGUCAGCAGAAUGGUCAGCAGAAUGGUCAUCACCAUCAUCAAAUAUUAUCACCAAUAAAAUCGAUUCAUUCAACAACGAAUUUAUUAUCACCAAAAAAUCUUUUCCAUUCUCAUCAACAUCUUAAUCAUCAACAAUCGAAGAAUUUGAUAUCUGAUGGACUUGGCCAUGGCCUGUUGUUGACCACAGCUCCAACCACAACAUUAUCAUCAGAAUCAUUAAUCCUUGAUGAUCAUCAUCAUCAUGGUCAUCGUAUUAAAAAUGAAUCAACCUUAUCAACAUUAAUUGAUAAUCCAUCUACCUCAACACCGUCAACAACAACAACAAAAUAUACCCGUCCAUUCAAAGCAUUAUAUAAUAAUAAAGAUUUACCAUUAUUAUCACAAAAACAUUCACCAUCAUCAACAACAACAACAACAACGGCUGCAUCAUCAUCAUCAUUUCCAUUGGAAAAUUCAGCAACUGAUUCAUUACUUGGUUCAGAUCAAGCAUAUUUAAUGUUUCGUUCACAAAUGUUAUCAAUGUCAAAACAAAGACAAACAUCUUCUUCUUCAUUGGAACAACGAAAAUCAACAUCGAAUCGUAAAUCACAUAAUACAUCAUCAAAUUCAUCAUCCAAAUCCAUUGAUAUUACAUCGGAUGAUAAUAGUUCAAAUAGUUCAUUAUGUUUAAAUGGUAUGAUUGAUCAUGAUCAAAGUUCAAUAAAUCAGGCAAUAAAUGAAACAACAUCAUCGAAUAGUCAUCAUAAUCAUCAACAAUCACUUGUCAUGCCGAUGAUCAAUGUUCCAAAUUCUACCACUAUUUCAACAGCAGCAUCACCAUCACUAUCAACAUCAUCAUCAUCGGGUAGAAAACGUGCUCGGCCAUUACCGGAAAAUCUAAAAGAUGAAGCAUAUUGGGAACGUCGUCGCAAGAAUAAUGAAGCAGCUAAACGUUCAAGAGAUUUACGUCGGGCGAAAGAAGAUGAAAUUGCUAUCCGUGCUAGUUUUCUGGAACAUGAAAAUCGUCAAUUAAAAUUAAAAUUAAUUGAAGCAGAAUUAAAAUUAGAGAAAAAAGAUACCAUUAUUGUUAGUUUACAGAAUCAAUUAUCAUCAUUGAAAUGAUUUUGAAAUCAACAACAAAACACAAAACAAAACUUUAAAUUUUUUUUUCGGUACAUUUAUUUAAUAUAUAUUGCAAA